AUGUUCUGUUUCUGCCUGCAGAGUUCCCUGCUGAAGCUCCAGAGGCCGGAGGUGGAGGGGGGGUCCUCCCGGGGUCCGUCCCCGGAGGAGAGCCCCUCUGCCCGGGGCAGCAAGGCGCAGAGGAGCCCCCCCGCGGAGCUCCGGGGGAAGGAGGAGAAGACCCGGGUCCUGUGUCACGGUGCCCCCCCCGAGGACAGCAGACAGACAGAGCAGCUCCUGGUCCUGGGCAAAACCCCCCAGUCCCCCCGACUCCAGCCCAGCCAGCAGCCCCUGACCCCAGAUGAAGCGCUGCCCCCUCGUGCUCACCACUCACCCUACUCCCCCCGGAGGAGCAGCCCCAGAUGUGAGGGGGUUGGAGGAGGUGGGGGAGGAGGUGGGGGAGGAGGUGGGGGAGGAGAAGGCGAGGCUCUGCUCCAGCUGCUGGCGGGGGGGCCCAGCCCCCUCCCCUCCCCACGAUGCCUGAGCAGCCUGAGGUUCAACUGUGACCCGGACACGCCUCCGUCCCCGCCCUGCAGCCAGCAGUACCGACUGUCUCGAGGUCGGGGGGACAGGACGGAGGCAUUGGAGGACGACUGCCCCCCCUCCAUCCCCUUCCUCACCAGACAGAUUCAGACGCUGAAGAAGAAAGUUCGCAAAUUUGAGGAUCAGUUUGAGCAGGAGAUGAACUACAAGCCGUCACACAACGAUAAAUAUUCAAACCCAGAGAUGAUCCGGGUGAUGAGCGAGCUGGCCAAAGCUCGGAAGCUGCUCAAAGAGCUCAGACUCAGACAGUCGGUGUUUGAGUCAACGGAGCAGGAUGGAGCAGAGAACACCUGCAGGUACAGCUCCGGGCAGCAGGGGGCGACAGAGCACAAACCAACCCUGGAGGAAACAGUAGAGUCUCUGUUCAGACGUCUGAGAGAGAAGAGACGAGAUCUCGGUCUCCCCGACAACAUGAAGGAGAUGACUCAGGCUCAGAUGGUGUUGGAGAAGAUCACGCUGCAGAAAUGUCUUCUGUACUUUGAGAGUCUUCAUGGUCGACCAGGAACCAAACAGGAGAAGAACCUGGUGAAGCCUCUGUACGACAGAUACCAGAUGAUCAAACGUUUACUGUGCGCCAGCCCCAUCACCACCAUCGAGGAAGAGGACGGAUCUGAUGAAGACUCCAUGAGUUCGGUGACGGUGGUGGAGCGUCCUGUGCUCCUUCCUCUCAGAGCGGCCCGACCUCCAGCCGGCGAGGAGGACAGCGACCGGGACAGCGACCCGGCCUUCGUGUCCCCGAUAGACGAAGUGAAAGCCGUCCGUCAACAAGCGGCGGUCACCACGGCCAACCUGCACGAAGCCUCAAGGUCUCAGCUGCUUCACAGUCUGCGGGAGACGAGAGCCGAGAAGAAGACGAGGCGUAAAGCUCUGCGAGUGUUCGAGGACCAGUUCUACCGUCAGACCGGGAGAAUCUGCCAGAAAGAGGAUCGCAGCCCGAUGAAAGAAGAAUACCAGGAGUACAAACAGCUGAAGGCUAAACUGCGGCUGCUGGAAGUUCUGCUCAGCAAACAGGACGUCACCAAACCCAUGUGAGAGAGGACGGAAGCUGCCAUCGAUCAAACUCUGUUCGCUACGAUCAGAUCCUGACAGCUGAACGUUCUGGGAUGUCUGGAGCUCGGUUCGUCUUCCUCCAGCAACCGACUCCCAGCUGCCUCCUCUUCACACUGAGCAUUUCCAAAAAGUGUAAAUAUUGGAGCAGAGUUUUGUGGACCAGUCGUCUCUGUUGAGUCUGUACCAGUGAGAACCAGCGUCCUACAGGAUCGGUUCACAGGAAUUAUUGUGAAACUGACUUUAUUCCAUUCAGUAACUGAAAUGUAUUUUCCAUGUGAUUUUCGCCUUUGAUUUUAAGGACAAAACAUAUUUAUACGAGACUAAAUGAGUGUGUCAGACUGGAACCACUUUAAGGAGAAUACUUCAUGAGGAAGGUAGAAGAAGGACAGAACAAAGAAGAAGAAGAAGAAGAAGAUGGUGGGGCUGAUGCAGUGAUAGCGGUAAUAAACUGAACCGCCAGGUAGCGAGCUGGUUAAAGCCACAGCAGCAGGAGGUCGCUGGAGGGAUCGA